AGGGGUCUUUCUGGAGAGCCUCGUGUACCUCUGAACUUGAGAAUUGCACGGCACCCCGGCACCAAAGCUUUGCAGUCCCGGGUCCCCGGACGCAGCCAUCUCGCCUCCUGCCGGGGGUGCGGAGCAAGGUAAGUGCUUUGAGUCUUUUCUAAGCAACCAAGCCUCGGGAUGCGCUUUUGACUCCCGACGCAUUAUUACCUGCUCCCCCGGCCGCGAGGCCCCACCCGGUACGUCCAAAAUGAUCGUCCCGUUAGUGCCCCUCGCACAGAGAUUAGACGCAUGGCUUGCCCUACCCAGCCCGUUGCGUUGGCUGGCCAGGACCAUCCGACUCGGCUAUGCGAUUCAGUUCGCCAGGCUCCCGCCUCUUUUCAGCGGUAUUCGCUCCACGGCAAUGCGUGGCAAAAACGGCAGCACCUUACGAGCAAAAAUUGCUACUCUGUCUAUAGUCAAUAGAACCUGUCCCUCCAGCCGAGGCUGUCUUGGACUUGCGAGUUCUCAACUGGACUUUAUGCAGACUCCCGUUCAAAAUGCUCACGCAGAAGCAAAUCUUAUCCUGCACUCGGCAUCAAGAUUGAUUUGCAGCGGUAGACCUGAAGGACGCGUAUUUCCACGUUUCCAUUCUGCCUCGACAACUACCCUUCCUUCGGUUUACGUUCGACUGCCAGGCGUAUCAGUACAAGGUCCUCCCCUUCGGCCUGUCCCUGUCCCCUCGCACCUUCACCAAGGUCGCAGAGACAGCCCUUGCCCCGCUACGGGAAGUGGGCAUCCGCAUACUCAAUUACCUCCAUGACUGGUUCAUCCUAGCACACUCGAGAGAGCUACUAUGCGCCCACAGGGACCAGGUGCUCGUGUACCUCAGCCAUUUGGGGCUUCAGGUCAACUGGAAAAAGAGCAAGCUCUCUCCGGUUCAGAGCAUCUCUUUUCUCAUCUUGGAGUUAGACUCAGUCUCAAUGUCAGCGCGCCUCACAACCGAGCGCACACAGUCAGUGCUCAGGUGCCUCUGUUGAUGCAAAUGAGACCGCUUCAGCACUGGCUUCAGACUUGAGUCCCGAGAUGGGCAUGGCGCCACGGCACAUACCGUGUGUUAAUCACCCCUUCCUGCCAUCAGACUUUCAACCUUUGGACAGACCUCUGUUUUCUGCAGACAGGAAUCCCCCUACAGCAGGUGUUCAGACGUGUCGUGGUCACCACAGACGCCUCUCAACUGGGUUGCCACAUCAACUGCCUUGAGUUGUUGGGUGUAAUCCUUGCCCUGCGGAGGUUUCUCCUGCUGAUUCGGGGCAAGCACGUCUCGAUCCAGAGAGCACCACGACAGUAGCGUACAUAAAUCGCCAAGGCGGCGUGCGCUCUCGUCAUUUGUCACAACUCGCCCACCCAGGUCGCUGUUCGCCACUCACAUCCCGGACGACCACAACUCGACGGCGGAUGUGCUGUCGCGUCAAGUUUCGCUCAACGGAGAGUGGAGGCCAACCCGGAGGCGUCCGGAGGUUGAACCCUUCCCGGCCAAGCCUGCUCCCCUCGUGGGAUAUCUCCGUGGUCCUCUCAGGCCUUUAGAGACCCCCCUUUGAGCCGCUUGAUUCAGUCGAGCUUAAAGCCCUCAGGGAACCUAAGAGCAGUAUAUGACACCUUUUACUGGGGGCGAUGGGGAGGGUUACAUGCAGCCGACACAGCUGCUUCUAGCACGCAACAGCCAGCUUGUACCUUUCUCAGCAGUUCGCGUAACACGGUCUAGUGCAUGGUGUUUUUAAAUGGGACUCCUUGUGUCACUACAAUCGACACAACGUCGAGUGACUGACAGAAGAAGAACGUCAUGGUUACUGUUAUAAUCUCCGUUCCCUGAUGGAGGGAACGAGACGUUGUGUGCCCCUUGCCACGACACUAUUCCUAACACUGUAACGCACCGUAACCUUAUUCUCGGCUCCUCAGUGCUGAAAACCUGAAUAAACAGACACACGUCCGCUCCCUUUAUACCCGUAUGUCCAGGGGCGGGACAUGCAAAUUCUGUCUGCCAAUUUCACAUUGGCCUUUUCUCAAGUUCAGAGGUACGCGAGGCUCUCAAGAAAGACCAUAUGACACAACGUCUCGUUCCCUCCAUCAGGGAACGGAGGUUACAACAGUAACCAUGACGUUAUUACAUAUUAAAAAUUGUACACAUUUUGAACUAAUGUUCCUGUAACAAGGGAAUGCACAUACUGAUAUAAUGUACUGUAUAGCUUAAUGCAUUGGGAUUUGCUUUUAAUAGUAAUCGAUGUCAAAUGUGUAAACGUAAUGAAAUUUCAAUAUUUUAAAUGGAUUAUUAUUAUCGUUUACUCUAUAUAAUGCUCCAAAUUCAAAAUGGCAAAGGCUUACAUUCUUUCUAAAUUUUAUUGAAAAAUAUUUCUCUCGUCGUACUUUGGUUUAUGUUUGUCUGUAUUUCCUAGAAUAUUUCCAGUACACCAUUUGACCACUGACAGGUACAUCUUGUUUCACAGAAAAAACAACUGUCAAAUCAAUUAUUGGUUUUCAUCAUUUCUCUGACACACAGUUGAGUAGGAGGGGCGACAGGUAAAUAAAAGCUGCCAUCACAGGUGCAGCUCUGCCAAAAAUUCUUUGAAUUGCAGCAAUCAGACGAGUGGAGAGACUGCAGGUCAUUCAACACCUGACAUUCACAGCGAUCACAAACACAGGAAACGCUUCAGGAGAACUUGAAAUGUCUACACCUAACCCUAAAGUUAUACCAAUUGAUGGUACCUGGGCCGGCACACCUGCGCCUGCACCUGUAUCAGCGGUAGCAGCAGACACUCGUUUGUCCGUACGAUCCAUCGACCUCCUGAAAUCCAAGGAUGGACAGAACCGGCGAGAGCAUCACACAGACGGUUACUUCAGUGAUAAACUGAUCCUCCGCAGAGGGCAAAACUUUCAGAUGUGGAUCGAGCUUUCGCGACCUUUCAACCCCAAAUCUGACAGACUGCACCUGGAACUGAAGUUGGAUUACAUCUUUAUGAGCAUAAGGGGGAUACGCAUCACUGUUCCAUUAGUAGACGAACUGCAAGACGGCGGCUGGGAGAUGAAAAUCAUCGAGCAGAGAGACACCAAGAUCAGACUGUCAGUGAACACCCUACCGACCGCUCCUAUUGGCCGAUACACGGUCUCUGUUGGGACAUUCUCACUGAGGGGCGGUAUGUCUUCACCCUACUCGGCAAACGAUGACUUCUACAUGCUGUUCAACCCCUGGUGUGAAGAUGACCCUGUGUAUAUGGAUAAUGAGGCUGAGAGGAGAGAGUAUGUUCUGAAUAACAUGGGCAGAAUUUACUAUGGAACCGAGCAACAAAUUGGAGCCAGAACAUGGAACUUUGCACAAUUUGAAGAGAAUAUUCUGGAAGCAUGUCUGUUUUUAUUGGAGAGGGGUCGGGUUGCUGUGACAGCAUGGAGAGAUCCUGUGAAUGUGACCAGAGUGAUAUCUGCCCUGAUUAACUCCAAUGAUGAUCUUGGUGUGCUGCAAGGUAACUGGUCAGACAGCGAUGAGGGCGGGACCUCCCCCACAGCCUGGAGUGGGAGUGGUGACAUUCUGAGACAGUACUACAAAAGUUCAGGAACACCUGUCAAAUUCGCCCAGUGCUGGGUCUAUGCUGGAGUCACUAACUCGGUGUUAAGAUGUCUUGGGAUCCCUGCCCGUUGUGUGACCAACUUCAGCUCGGCUCAUGACACUGACCUUUCUAUGACCACAGACAUUUAUAUUGACCAGAAUCUUGAACUCAUUAAAGAACUUACCAAUGAUUCUGUCUGGAACUUCCAUGUGUGGAACGAGUCUUGGAUGUCCCGUCCAGAUCUCCCAGCAGGUAAUGGUGGAUGGCAGGUGGUGGACGCAACCCCUCAGGAGCUCAGCCAGGGAUCCUACCGCUGCGGCCCGAGCUCUGUCACCGCUAUCCGCAAUGGACAAGUCAACCUGAAGUACGACACUCCAUUCGUCUUUGCUGAAGUGAACAGUGAUAAAAUCUUCUGGCAGCGGAAAGCAGAUGGAAGUUUCACUCAAGUCAACGUGGAGAAGAAUUCCAUUGGCCAGCACAUCAGUACUAAAGCAGUGGGCUCCGACCAACGUAUCGAGAUCACGCACCUCUACAAAUACCCCGAGGGUUCAGAGGAGGAGCGUAUGUCUGUGGAAACUGCCAGUCGUUACGGCUCCAAGCCAAUGGUGUAUCCCUCCCCCACCGCUAAUGAUGUGACCAUUGAAAUCGUAAUGGAGGGGGCUGGACCUCUUAUUGGUGGAGAUGCCAAACUGUCCAUCACUCUGAGGAACAACAGUUCAGUGCAGCGUACUGCAACGCUCCUCUGUGAGGUGGCUGUCAUGUACUACACUGGAGUUCUGAACUCUACCGUGAAGAAAGAACAAAUUCCUGUUGUCCUCAAACCACAAGAGGUCAAGACCAUUCCAUGGACACUACAUUAUCGGGACUACAUGACCCAGUUGGUGGACCAGGGCGCUUUGAUGCUCACAGUCACUGGACGGGUCAAUCAGACCAGACAGAUUCUGGCCACCCAGUUCAACUUCAGAUUGCGCACACCAGAUCUUACCCUCACGUCUCUAGGGGAUGCUGUGGUGGGUAAAGAGUUGACAGUCAAGAUCACAUUCCAGAAUCCACUGCCACAAGUGUUGAAGAAUGUUUUGUUUCGUAUAGAGGGAUUGGGAAUGCAGAGCGUCAGAAAGAUUGUGUAUGGUGAUGUGGAGAAGCUUGCAACAGUUGCAUUGAUGGAGAAGUUUGUUCCAACAUUUACCGGCACCCAGAAACUCCUUGCAUCAAUGGACUGUCGUCAACUCACUCAGGUGCAUGGAGUCACAGAUAUUGUUGUUAAACCAAAGUAAAAAAAAAAAAUCAUGCAAAUUUGAAAACCUUGAGGCUCUCUGGAAAAUAUUAUUUGGAGGAUGAAGUAGAUGAAGGACAUUGUACAGAUAAACAAAUAAUUUUUCAUCAUGUCAUUAGAAUAAUUCUA